AGUGAUGACGAAUUUCACUUAUCAGACGAGUUGUUUUACUGAUUAGUGACUCCCAACUGCUUUUGUUUUAAUUCUAACAUUUAAUUCCACAAUUUAAUUCAUUUGUGAGGACGUUUGUGAGCUACUUCAUGUUUUCUUCAGUGAUCUGAAACCUACAGUGUCCCUACAAAGUUUGUGAUUUCCAGCUGGUAAAGUUAUCACUCACACUUGAAGUCUUUUGUUUCCUUUUUGGGUGUCAGAAGCUGACAAUCAUAGUUCCUUAUCAAUUUAACUGAUCGUCGGGCUUCUUUUAGCCUUUCGUUUCACUGCCAAUGUCUACGAACUGUGUUUAAUACACUGUCUUAACCUGCCUCAACAAGAUGCUGUUGAAUUUCGGUCUGGUGCCCUUUCAAUACCUCAUAAUUUUAAUUAUGUGAGAAACUGUUCACUUCCACCCCUCUGCGAAUAUCUUAUGAUCAGUAGUGGCUCUUUGUUUGUAAUACUUCCUUGAGUCCGGAUCUACGGGUCUUCCUGAAUGAGAUUCAGACAUUCAUCUUUCAGAGUUAUCAAAACAUUGUGAAUCAUGGCUGUCAGAGAACCGCUCCUCGCUGCAGAAGACACAGAAGGUGACGAAAUUUCCAGGAUACCAUCCCCGGUCGAUGAUAUUGAAAGCAAUGGCGGCGCACAAAACAACGGUUGCUGCCAUCCGAAUGGAGGCUGCUCGAGACUCUUUGCCCUGGUCUUCAUGUGCGUCCUCGGAUUUGGAUCAUAUUUUUGUUAUGAUAAUCCUGGAGCAUUACAAGAUGACUUUAUUGAUGAUAUGGGGCUCUCGACCUCUGAAUUUGUACAACUGUACUCAUGGUACUCCUGGCCAAACGUCAUCCUCUGCUUUGUUGGUGGAUUCCUGAUAGAUAGGGUCUUUGGAAUCCGAUUUGGCACGAUGCUGUAUGCGAUGCUUGUAUGUGUGGGGCAAUUGAUUUUUGCGAGCGGUGCAUUUAACAAUUCCUUAUGGAUAAUGAUAGCUGGCAGAUUCAUCUUUGGGAUCGGAGGAGAGUCAUUAGCAGUGGCGCAGAACAAUUAUGCAGUUUUAUGGUUCAAAGGCAAGGAAUUGAACCUGGUGUUCGGUUUUCAAAUGAGUUUUGCUCGAGUAGGCUCAUUUGUCAAUUUCCAAGUUGUGGAGCCGCUGUAUCACUACGUAAACAAAUAUUACAAGGGCUAUGAGUGCCUGGGUAUUGUUUUGUUCAUUGCAUCUGGAACUUGUCUAUUAUCACUGAUAAGUUCUGCCAUAUUGGCGUGGAUGGACAAGCGGGCGCAUCAUGUAAAUAGUGCAAACAAUCAACAGCAGGCGGAGGAGGUUGUGCGGUUAACAGAUAUCAAAGACUUUCCCAAAUCUUUCUGGAUGGUCACCUUUGUUAUCGUCACUUACUAUGUGGCAAUAUUUCCCUUCGUCGCUUUAGGAAAAGUCUUUUUCGAAAGGAAGUUUGAUUUAGAACCUAGUCAAGCUAACUUUGUAAAUAGUAUCGUUUAUCUUAUUGCUGGUUUCCUGUCUCCGUUCAUCGGUCUUGCCCUAGACAAAACGGGCUGCAAUGUAAUGUGGGCGUUUUUUUCUAUUUUGGGGACGAUCAUUGGUCACAGCCUGCUCGCUUUCACCUUUUUGAAUCCUUAUUAUGGCAUGGUAUGUAUGGCUGUCGGUUAUACAACAGUGUCAAGUACAUUGUGGCCUAUUAUUGGUCUCAUCAUUCCAGAGUACCAGUUAGGAACAGCAUAUGGAAUAGCCCAGUCAGUUCAAAAUCUCGGUCUAGCUCUAAUAGCCAUGCUUGCUGGAUUAAUCGUAGAUAUGGGAGGUUAUCUCAUGCUAGAAUGUUUCUUCUUAUUCUGCCUCGGCUUGGCUCUCAUGAUGAUCAUAUUUAUCUGGAUUCAUGACUAUAUGACUUCCGGAAUCUUAAAUAUGACUGUGAAACAAAGAGAAAUCUAUGAGCGGAAUCGAUUAGCCGCUGAAAUUCUAGAGCACGAAAAGCUGCUGGCAGCAGGCUCAAUGUCUGAUAUCACGCCUCACGAUUUGCUGCAGCCACACUCGGACUUGCUUCAGCCUCACUCAGAUUUGUAUAUAAGAAAUAGAUUCCUGUCCAGGAUAGGAGCCAGUAUUCCUUCUCAUGUGAUGAAUCCUAAAGGUUUGGCGUACCGACCAUUGAGAUGAUGGCGUAUCAUUCCACGAUUUCGAAAGGAAUGGGUCGAAUUGAGCUCCUAAGUCCCAAGACUGCUGGCUACAAAUUUGCUGGCUCAACCUAUUUUAAGUAUUUAAAAUUAAAUAGAUGUUCUCGCACUGCCAUUGGAAGAAGUACUCCAAUUUCUAAUUGAGAGAAUGUAAAUUGCUCUCCAUGUUAAUCGAAAUUAAAAAAUUUAAGGUUUCAAAAUCCUCGCUGAUUGAUGAAAACUUCCCAAGAAAUUGAAAAAUUCUUAACCUUGUCUGGAAGUCCCGUCUGCUACUUCUUUUUAUUAAUUGACGACGAUGGUGCUAUUGAAAAUUAAAUUAACCACUAGAUUUUGAGCUGAUCCUACCUCUUGAUUGUUUUGGUUUAGUUCCAGGUAAUCUCCAUUAUGUUUUCUAGCUCCAUUUUGUACAUUAAGUCUUGUAAAAUAAUUAAAAAUUUGCAUACGGUCAAAUGAAAUAUUUUGAAAGUAGUUUAGCCAGACUAGCAGUGAAUUUUUCAUGAGACUUUUUGGUGACAGGUGGAAAUGUCCAAUAAAAAAUGUCCAAUAAAAAAUGUCCAAUAAAAAAUGUCCAGUAAACAAAAUGUCCUAUUUCAAAUGUCCAAUUGUCAUAAUGUCCACAACAAAAUGUCCAAAAGCUAAAAUGUCCA